AUGGCAGUGAAGGAGGCCGAACCCAAGCCGGAAACUGCAAUAAGUUUUGCCAACAUUACGGCAAACAAAUCUACAAUAACAUCUGUGUCACAGCAUCGACGAAUCACCAGAUCUGCCUCCAAACCCCAUCAAUUCGAUCAACCAACUACAAUUAGUGUCGGACGAUCUGCGGACAUGUCGAUCACCAUUCCAGACACCGAUCAGGCUUUGUCGUCUGCAUGUGACGUAGUUAAUCUGACUGGUGAAGAUCUACUAACCGAUCAAAAUGGCUGGAAGGAGGUGGAAGGGAAGAAGAAGAAGAAUAAGAGAAACACUGGAAAAGGACCAGCUGAUCAACCUCAAAGUGAUGGAUAUGGGCCUACUUCUCCUAACGUUAAAAAUUGUGACACUGAAAGUAUAAUUAGUGCAGUGAAAAGUGCUAAACCGCGGAAACCACAAGUCUUGAUAGGUACUGCUGAAGCAAAAACAGACUGCGGAUUAACAGGGGCCAAAAAAGCGUGGUUUCACAUAGGUCUGCAUAGGCCUAUUGUUAUAAUUUCGGUUUACCGAUCCCCGGAUGGUGACUCGGAGCAAUUCCUUCAGCUACUGGACAAUUGUCUGGAAAGCCUAUCACUUAAAAAUAAAGCUAUUAUCCUGUGUGGUGAUUUUAAUAUACACCUGGAAACAACUUCCAAGGAAGAGGCGGCCUUCACUAACCUACUGCGGUGUCAUAAUAUCUUCAUAGCAAACCGUAAACCAACAAGAGGAAGUGUCUGUUUGGACACCUUUGCCACAAACCUCGACCAGUGGGACUUCGAUGUCAGUGUGGAAAAUCCUCUCAUUGCGGACCACUGCGCAGUCGUCUUCAAACUUAAGGCAAGAUCCGCUAUGUUCAAUGAAUUUUUUCCUCUUAUUCCUACUGGUGCUCCUAAACCUAAAGUAACUCUGAGGCCUGCUGCGAGGAGUUCUGGCAAGAAAUGGUUCACUGAUGAGUUGAAACACCUUAAAUUGCAUGUGUUAAUGCUGCAUGACCUUUCUAAGAAAGCAACUCUAGCAAGCGUAAAAACCAUUCUUGACACCCAGUACCGUAAGUAUUUUAAAAUUUACAGGGGUAAAUUGAAGGCGGCCAAAAUAGCCCAAAACGUCUCCUACAUCGAUUCUGCGCCAAAUAGAUGCAAGGCGGCUUGGCAAGUUAUCAACCAAAACAAGGUAAAAUCUCAACAAUUUUCAUAUCCAGGUAGCCCUGACGAUUUUAACACCUUUUUCAUCAAAUCAGUCGAAGAUAUUGUAUCUAAGUUUCCGCAGGCUGCGGAUGUGAGCCUGGACCUGGGUUUUUUACCAACACCCAACUGCACACUUAUGGAAUGGGAAGAGGUAAGCCCCAAAUUAAUUACCGCUUUAGUGAAGAACUUUAGGUCCUCCAAAAGUCAGGAUGUUUACGGCAUGUCGGGUGAAGUCUUGAAGUCCGUCAUCGACGCUAUAGCUGACCCUCUAUGCAAAGCCAUAAAUUGCUGCCUAAGAUUUGGUGUUUUUCCUGACUACAUGAAAAUAUCUAGAACGAUCCCCAUCUACAAGAAGGGCGACCAUCAAGAACUGGCAAAUUACCGUCCGAUAUCGAUAAUCCCGGUAUUGGCCAAAGUCAUGGAAAGUGUCAUGAAAAUUCAGCUAGUGAAAUACUUCGAAGAAAACAACCUGUUCAUGGCUGGGCAGCAUGGUUUUAGGAGAUGCCACUCUACUACUACGGCAAUAUUAUCACUAGUUGAACAAAUAACCAAGGCAUUUGAGGAGGGUGAAUCAAUGGCGCUUACACUCUGCGAUCUCAGCAGGGCGUUCGACUGCGUAUCACACCAACUACUGCUCCAGAAGUUGUCUCACUAUGGAAUAGGUUCUACGGUCCACAAGACAUUAGCAUCGUAUCUGCUACACAGGAAACAGGCCGUCUUUCUGGAGGGUGCGCAGUCGGGGAUCUUGCUGGUCAAGCACGGAGUGCCUCAGGGUUCUGUUCUGGGGCCCUUACUCUUCCUCAUACUGGUCAAUGACCUAGAACUCGAGGGUCGCUCUCUCCUAUUCGCAGAUGACUCAACCUUAACAACAAGAGGGAAAGAUUUAAACAGAGUGAGGCAAGAUGCAAUAAUGUUACUGGACAGGGCAAAACAAUGGUUUGAAGUCAACCAUUUGCAGUUAAACCCAGACAAAACCCAGCACCUGAUAUGCACACUCAAGAGAGACAUAGGCUCCCAAACCAAUGAUAACGUAAAAUUGCUCGGUUUUUAUCUGGACCGAAGAAUGACGUGGACGGCACAUGUUUCUCAGGUCUGUGUCAAACUCUCCAGAGUGCUCUGCCUCCUCAGGAAAUUAAGGAACCAGGUAACAGAACCCUAUUUACAAACAGCAUAUCAUGCAAUCUUCCAAAGCCACAUUAUCUAUGGACUGAUACUAUGGGGUCAUUCUGGAGCCUGUGAAGACGUGCUGAAGCUGCAAAAGAAAGCUGUAAGAAUUAUAACCUCUUCAGGAUACUUGGAGCACUGCCGGCCAAUUUUCAUCCGCCUGAAUAUCCUUACAGUCUACAGCCAGUACGUCUACAACUCCAUCUUGCAGGUACGGGAGCAGUCUUUCAGUAUUCCCUCCAGAAGCGACAUCCACGGCUAUGACACUCGCAGAGCCCGGGACUUAAACAUCGCACGAUGCCGACUCUCCGGCACACUAAGGAGUUUCCCUAGGUAUGGUCAAAAGCUGUUUAACUUGCUACCGAUAAGUGUGAGACAUCUUGAGCAUGCCAAGUUCAAGUCAGCCUUGCAUGAAGAGCUCAUAAGGAGGCCGCUUUAUUCCUUAAAGGAGCUGGAAGAAAAGCCACUGUUUGGGUGA